AUGCGUGAUUCACCAAUGGAUUUGGAGCAAACGACCGCUUUGGAGCAGUUAGCCACGGUCUUCCAAGCGGAGGUCUUGGCUAUCCUGGAAUGUGCAAGACUCCUGCUCUCAAAAGAGACAAUGAGCAGGAGGAUCCAUAUCUACACAGAUAGUAAAGCCGCUAUAGGAGCCCUUGCUAAGACCAUCACUGAAUUGUCAGUGGUUCGGGACUGCAUACAAGCUCUAAACAGACUGGGAGAUCAUAACAAGAUCACACUAGUCUGGGUACCCGGCCAUCAAGGUAUCCGCGGUAAUGAGAUAGCGGACGGCUUGGCAAAGCUGGGCACCUUAGAGGAACCAGCUGGCCAAAAAGUCGGCGUUCUCUUUGCCGUGGGGAAAAAUUGCAUCAGGGAUCGGCUGAAGCGAGAGCACCAGGACUCCUGGAAGAAACUGAAAAACUGUCGCCAGGCCAGACUUCUGAUGAGUCAGCCAUCGUCAAGCAGGGCUAAGGAACUGGCUAUGGAUAAAAAUAGACUAAGAUUAAGUAUCGGUCUUUUUACUGGACACUGGGCUUUUAAGACACAUUUGUACAACAUGGGAUUGGCCGACAAAACAAACUGCAGAUUAUGCGGUGAGGAAAAUGAAGACAGCGAGCAUAUACUGUGUCGUUGUCCAUCUUUAGUUCUUAAAAGAUUCAGAUCCCUGAGCUGCAUGUUUUUGAAGCCCGAGGCCUGA